UGGCGCGGUCGAGAUGUUUGUUUUUGUUUCCAUCAUACUUGUCUUUGUGGCUUACACUAUUUCUAUUAAGUUUGUGUAUUACAGAUAUAGUCAGUUAUGGCCACACUUACGGAAUAAAAUAUCCACCCCUUCAUACACCGUUGGAAACGCGAGUUUUUGUCCAACACAAGUGAGGUCCAGCGCGCUCUCACGGAACUCCGAGGACGAGAAGCCGCCCGUGACAGCCAGCGAGACUCGAGCUCUGUUAGUCACUGCACAUCCAGAUGAUGAAUGCAUGUUCUUUGCACCUACAGUCUUAAAACUUGUUGAAUCACACGCAGCUCUUUAUUUGUUAUGUUUGUCUACAGGCAAUUACAACAAUCAAGGACUCCAGCGCAAAAGGGAACUGCUUGACAGCUGUGCAGUUCUAGGAAUCCCAUCCAACCAUGUUACCAUCAUAGAUGACAAAGAGCUUCCAGAUGACCCAGCGGUCCAGUGGAGCACUGCACUGAUCUCCUCUCUGAUCCUCAAACACAUCCGAAACUACAGCAUAAGUGUGGUACUGACAUUUGAUGGCAGAGGUGUGAGUGGACAUGUCAAUCAUAUUACCAUUUACAAGACCCUCAGAGUCAGUCCACUCAUACCGAGGACAGCUUACACCGUUUUACUUUUUUAUAUUUUUUAUAUGUCUGUCCCCACAGGUUGUCAGAUCUUCUCUCUUCACUCCAUCAGCUUACUCAGAAAGUACUUGUCAGUCCUAGAGCUGCCGGUCAGCUGGCUCUUCCCCUCUGAUUUCUGCUGCCUUAUCGGACGGGAGGAGUAUAAACGUGCCAAGAGAGCCAUGCUCUGUCAUCGUUCUCAGCUGCUGUGGUUCCGCCGACUCUAUGUACUUUUCUCACGCUACAUGAUUGUAAACACAUUCCAGGCCAUCACCGUGGAAACAAAGAAUGUGAAGAUUUAUUAGAUUAGUCUUGGGCACUGUUCCUGUCCAUAUAGGGCUGAAGUUAUGCACUGAAAUUAAGUAAAGUUUACUUCAUGUUUCUUAUUUCCUUAUGUAAGUUAAUUCCAGAUAUGCUGUCAUUAAAGUACUGUACAGUAUAUCAAUAAGGUUCAGCCAACAUAUCCAACCUCAAGACACUAAUGGAGAACUGCUAGCAUAAUGAACCUUAGAGACUUUAUCCCAAACAAUCCAAUAUUCUGAAAUCCUGAUUUUUGGGGAGGUUUUAGGUUUAAGGGAGUUAAGCGCUUUAAUGAAGCAGAUGAAUCCAAAACACAGAUUGUGCCUUUGAGUAUGCAGGGGAUGGAGGACAACAUUUUAUUCUGUAUAUUGUUUACAUUUGCUGUUACUGUUGUUAUUGGGACUAAUUAAAGUAGAGUUGAAGCACUGUUCCAGAUGGAUCAGUAAGUACUGUACCAAAUCUUAUGAUUCAGUGUGGUUUCAAAACUGACAUGUAUUUCUGAUUUCUUUUAGCAAAACUGUAACUCUAGAAGUUCUGUGAUGACUUUAAAUAUAUGCCAAUGUAGAGGAAUGCAAUAAAUAUGUUUAAAA